GCAACUCUAUGAACAGUAUCAGUUGUGUGACUUAUGUUUUCGUUUUGCAAAAUUACACAUUUUAGCAGUAAAUACUAAAAUUAAGUGCAAACUAUAAAGUGCAAACAAGAAUUAACAGUGCGGGCCACAAUUAAAACGUUUUGGGUAUAAAGCGUUGAGCUUUUGUAACAUAGAGAUAAACACUGUGACUCAUUUAGACGACAACAACAAAGAAAAGUUAUAAACAAAUACAAUGGCUGCUAUGAAAGGUUUGAUUAUCUGUGCAUUUCUUUCGUGUCUGGGCAUGACAUUUCUGAUAUUGGCCUGUGCCGUGCCCACACCAAAGAUAUUUUAUCCAUUCUUUGUGCUCAUCUUCUAUGUGUUGUCGGUGCUGCCAGUGUUUAUAGCAAAGCGCACUACGCCUGGCAACGAAACUAAUCCCAAAACUGAAUUUGCGCUCUUCCUUACCGCCGGAAUGGUACUCAGUGCUUUUGCUCUACCCAUAGUGCUGGCUCAUUCGGCAGUUAUAACCUGGACGGCCUGCACCUUAACGCUUAUUAGCAACGUUAUUAAUUACUCCACUAUGUUUGGCUAUGCCAUGCGAGAUGAAGGCUUCGAUGCGCCAUACGGUGGCAUGUUCUAGGAUCUCUGCCAUGUAGUGCAGCUUAACUAUAUAAUCGAAAAUUCAAAAAGCAGUUUUAGUGCUAAGCAGCAGUUUUGUUUUAAAUGCAGACACAGCAGUCAAAUCUCACACGUAUUUAAAGAAACGAAAUUAAUGAAUAAUGUGUAAUAAAAAUAUCAGUCAAUGAAACAUAA